AGAACCCGCCUAGACCAGGAAGAGUGAUUCACCUGAGAAGUAAUUAGGCCAUUUUCGAAAACAAAAAUUCCAUUCCUUCCCUCCGUUUGUCCAUCAUGUAGCGAUCGCUUAUUUUCACUUAAGACUGUUAUUGUUUAUUUAUAAAAGUCGGUCGUUUGUCUAUCAAAUCGACGCCAUUUUGAGUUACCUGUAAACAGGUGUAUUGUUUAUCAUUUGUUUUGGCCUGAAUCUUAAAGAUGGGUGGAACCUCCGUUCUACAGCUUAUAAAGGUUGUUUGCCUGGGAAUUUCAAUGGCGGCAGCUGCCAUCGCAGUUGCUGUUCCAUACUGGUUCAUUAUCACGUUAACAUGGGAGAGAGGGGCUGACAUGGUAGAAAAGAAUAUAAACAUGGGUCUAUAUUUCCUGGAACGAAACAUGACAGUCUUGGGUCUUGUUGAGAAAGCCGGCAACAAGCAGCUUCUUCCAGGCUUUAUGAAGGUGGCCGAGAUCUUCUUCCUUAUAGGAACAUUCGGCAUUAUCGUCACAUUUGUGUCGUCAGUGAUCUACUUCAUGCGGAAAUACAAUACCUUCACUGGUGAGCUGUGCCUGGCAGCAGCCCUCAUCCCUACAGCCCUGAGCCAGCUUCUGGGUGUUAUAUUUGCCAUCCUAGGGGCCCUGAUUCCUGAUGAGAAUGCCUGGCAUGGCUUCCCCGACCCCUCCGGAUACCUCAUCGUUCAGGCACAUCCCAAGAUAGCUAUCAACUUCGGACUGUACAUCGCAGCUUUGGCAGCUGUCUGUGCAUUAGUUGGUCUUGGAGCUGCGUGGCUACAAGCCUGCAUUCUAUGCAAGCAUGUCGAGUCUGUGCGGUAUCAGAUGUUACACGCGCCACUGUCUGCCGAUGAGCGUGGUGUCUAUGAGGGAGCAGGACGAACGUACGCCUUUGACACAAAACCUGGAUUCCGUUAUGAUGGGCAGUAUGGAAAACCAGGAAGGGAAAUGAACUUCUAAACACAUUGCAUGAUUUCAUAAAAUUGUGACAGUCAUACACAGCAAAAAAAAUUCAAGUAACAAUGUUAUGCAUAUUUGGUUGUGACAUGCACGGAACUGUUUUAAAGACACUUAAUAUUCUUGCAUUACAUUCAAGCUUUUGCAGUAAUUGGAGCUUUUGUCCUCCUUUUUGUAGGAAGAUGAAUCUUAACACAUGUGCAACUUAUUUAGCAACAUUUAUGUAAGAUUUAUAUGGUUAUGCAUUUGCAUGUAAAGAGGUUAUUUUUUAUUUUAUACAGACUGUAGUUUUUUUUGUUCUUUUAUCGCAUAUACAGCUGCUCCUCAACAUAUCAAUGUUAUGUGUUUGACUAGAUAUAAUACUUCAAGGUUUUUUUUUAUAAGUUUGCUAACGAUAAUUAAAUGUAUAAGACAAGGUUGCAAGGUAUUGACAGUUAAGAGAACUAUUUGAUUGAAAUAAUCUACGACCUCUGCUCAUUGUGGUGGGAUUAAGGAGGUCGGCGGUAGAAUCAUUCAUAUUGUACAUAAUAUUUCUUUUGUAGAUGUUCCCAUAUAGUCAAUAAGACUCAAAACUGAAUGACAUUGAAAGAUAUGACAUCUGUGCUAUAAAUUAAUACAGUGUACAUUUUUUAUAUUAUAUUGGAAUGUUAUACACAUGUAUCGACACUCUUUGAAAUUGGUCAUAUGUGAUGAAUUAUUGACUUCUUUUACAGUUUAUACAUUAUAAUGUUGAUUUUUCUUUAAUUUCAUCCAUUUUAGUUAGGAAAGAAAAAGACUGCAAUCAUAUUGAGAAGUCUUCUUUUGAAAAUUCAGUAAAAAUCACAAAUAAGGUCAAGAAACAGUCUUUGACAUCCAUCAUUUUUAUGUUUUAUAUAUUUUUAAAAUAUUUGCAUAUCAUCACAUUUGUAUAAUAAAUCUCUUUUCCCAUCUUUGUAUACAUUCCUGAACAUUUGUAUAACAAUAAAUGUGACGAAUAUUA